AUGGAGCUCUUACUGGGCCUACUGCUCCUGAGCCACCUACUGGUGGUCACCUAUGGCCAUCCCAUCCUGAAAGUGCCUGAGAGUGUGACAGGGCCUUGGAAAGGGGAUGUAAAUAUUCCCUGCACCUAUGGUCCUCUGCAAGGCUAUACACAAGUCUUGGUAAAGUGGCUGGUAGAACGUGGCUCAGGCCCAGUCACCAUCUUUUUACGUGACUCUUCUGGAGACCAUAUCCAGCAAGCAAAGUACCGGGGCCGCCUGCAUGUAAACCACAAUGUUCCAGGAGAUGUGUCCCUGCAACUGAAUACCCUGGAGAUGGAUGACCGGAGCCACUACACGUGUGAAGUCACUUGGCAGACCCCUGAUGGCAACCAAGUCGUGAGAGAUAAGAUCAUUGAACUCCGUGUCCAGAAGCUUUCUGUUUCCAAGCCCACAGUGACGACUGGCAGUGGCUAUGGCUUCAUGGUACCCCAGGGAAUGAGGAUUAGCUUUCAAUGCCAGGCUCGGGGUUCUCCUCCCAUCAGUUAUGUUUGGUACAAGGAACAGACUAACAACCAAGAACCCAUCAAAGUAGGAGUCUUGAGUACCUUACUCUUCAAGCCUGCAGUGGUGACAGACUCAGGCUCCUAUUUCUGUACUGCCAAGGGCCGGUUAGGCUCUGAGCAGCGCAGUGACACUGUGAAGUUUGUGGUCAAAGAUUCCUCAAAGCCACUCGAGAGCAAGACUAAGGCAUCUCCAACCAUGCAAUCCCCCUUCGAAGGUGAGUUUUACUAGGGUUCUGUGGGAGUAGGAAAGGUCUGAAAUGGCUUCAUAGAAGACAAGGGAGGAGGCCCAGGAAAUGGCUUGCCUAUCUUUGCCAUAAUUCUCAUCAUCUCCUUCUGCUGUAUUGUGGUCACCACCAUGACUUACAUCAUGGUCUGCCGGAAGACAUCCCAACAGAAGCAUGUCUGUGAAGUGGUCAGGGCGCAUGCCGGGGAGGCCAGUGACUCUGGUGAAACCAUGAGGGUGGCCAUCUUCACAAGUGGCUGUUCCAGUGAAGAGCCAGCUUCCCAGACACUGGACAACGACUACUCUGAUGAGCCUUGCCUGGGCCAGGAGUACCAGAUCAUCGCCCAGAUCAACGGUGACUACUCUCGCCUGCUGCACACGGUUCCCCCAGAUUAUGAGCUUCUGGUCACCAAGGACAAGAGCAGCUGCUAA